AGUAAGCUGCAGAAGCAGAGCAAGUCCCCGCAUGUGACUCUGGUCAAUGGAGGGGGCGAAGCCAAUUCCGAUCAGAUUGUGCUUCGCCAGCACAUGGGAAUGAGUAGCGAAAUGGGUGUCUACAUUGUGGCCUUGAUAGCGGGCAUGAGCGCAGCGGUGACUGUGGGACUUCUAGCGCUAGGAGUGACCUGGGUCCAGAAUCGGAGCAAAGCAGCAGCGGACGUGGACUACCCGGCGUAUGGUGUGACCGGACCCAACAAGGACGUCUCGCCCUCGGGCGACCUCAAGCUGGCCCAGAGCGCCCAGAUGUACCAUUACCAGCACCAGAAGCAGCAGAUCAUAGCCAUGGAGAACUGUCAGGCUACCGAUGGCAGCUGUGGAAUGUCCGACGUGGAGAGCGAUGACGACAACGAGGAGGGCGACUACACGGUGUACGAGUGUCCCGGCUUGGCGCCAACCGGCGAGAUGGAGGUAAAGAAUCCACUCUUCCUGGACGAGACGCCGGCCCCCCCGGCCAACAAUCUCUCCUCGGCGGCUGCUACCAACAACAACAUUACCCAGGCCACUCCCCAGCAGCCACCCACCCUGAAGAAGGGUACGGUAAAGCCGAACAUGAAUCUGUUGAAUGCCGCCGCCACAGCUGCCGCUGCCGCUGCCGCUGCAGCUGCUACUGGGCCAACUAAUGGAGACGAGUCGAAGCAGAAGCGCAAGAGCAAGAAGUAAGCUGGAGAUUGGAUCUUUUUUCCCCCUUGGAAAUGCCCGCAGGACGUGGCAACUGGUAAAGUUUGACUGAUCCAUUGUCAGCCAAAUCCCACACAAACAGAAACGCAGAUCAUAAUAGAAAUUUGUCUAUUCCAUGGAAUCUAAUUCCCCGGCUGCAGCCCGCUCGAGUGCGCAAGAAAGCUUACACAUAACAUUCCAGAUGGCAAACCCAGAUACUCGUACACACACGGCAACUGUCUCUUAUCUUCCCUUUGAAUAAGCAUAUAAGUCCUAUUACAUGUGGCAUUGUAUUGUAUCGUAAUCGCAUCGCUAUGGUAUAUGUCAAGCUUCCCAGUGCAUCUGUUCAGCCCAUUGCAAAUCCCAACCCCAACCCCAUCCCCAGCACCCAACCCCAGUCGAAUCCAGCUGUCAGUUGCAGAAUGGGGAAACCAGGUUAUGGCAUUGCAUUGCCUUCACCUGUGCACAUUCAAGCGCAAUUGAUUCUCUCUUUACAAUCCAAGAUCUGUACUUAUUUAUGUCAUAGGACAAUUACCCGCACAUACUCGUAUGUGUAUAUUAUAUAUGUAUAUUAUAUAUUGUAUAUCAAACUCUUUUUUGGUUUCUGCAACUGGAAUCAAUUUAUAUGGGAAGCAUACUUAAAAGUCUGGAGCAAAGGGCGGCCACAAGGCGAGCAACCAACUAAAUGCUAACUAACAUAUUAUAUUAUUAUAUACAUACACACACACACACAUAUUGAUAUACACAUAGAUAUAUAUUCAUGUAAUUAUUGUAUACAUACAUACAUACAUACAUAUGUACAUAUACCCGGGAUUGGGAACGGAAGCGCAACCGGAAUUCCCCUUUUACUUCGUAACUUCGUAGCUAACUAUCUUUUUUAUUUUUACUACGCUUUGUGAUCGAAUCCUAAAUUAUCUGUGUCAAUUUAGAAAUACAAUUCUGGUAACCAAAUCCAACACCUAUACCCACUCACACAUAGGUAUGUACUAUUAGAUUGGAGAAGAGAUACGAGAGAUACUAUGUUUUGAGG